AAUGAUAAACUUAGAAAUAUGCUAUUUUGGUCAUUUUAGUUUUUGAGUGCUAUUUUUGUGAUAUAAACUUAGAAAUGUGCUAUUUUGGAGAUUUGCCUUUUAUAUAAUCGACAUAAAAUGCAUUUAUCAAACCUUAAAAAAUCCCUCAUCAAAAACUCUUUUUUCUUCACCAAAAAUUAUCCUUUAUAGAUUCAUACCGACCAAACAAAAACAAUCUUUCACAUAUUUAAAUGAAUUUGAAUAAAUAGUCGUUAAACUUAAACCAAGGAAGAACCACUGGGUUAUUAGCUUGAGCAACAUCCAAAUUUCUUCACAGCUGAAACAUUUUUACUGAUUAUCUCCUUUCGACAGAACAUUAACCGAUUCGCUCGCUGCUUCCAUGACUUUUUUGCUCACAUGCAGUAAAUCUGAGUGAGAACUUCCGUGAAAGCGUUCUCGACAUUAGUGGCAUCGAGAGCCAGCCGAUGUCUCCAUGAAGCAAGAAUCUCCGCGAAUGACUUUGCAUCUUCGGUCUGAAUACCCACAAGAUGGUGUAGAUCAAAAACUUGUUGUCCACGAGCAUCAGUUAGGAUCAGUGUGGUUUCUGAGUUCUUUGAACCUCGGUAUAGCUCGGUAUGUCUGACGGUAGUCGAACCCGGGUCUAUUGCUUGGAAGGCAAUUAUCCUAACCGUUGGACUACAGACGCUACUGUUUCGAUAAGUACAAAACCGUUUUAAAUCUUUAGCCGUAGUACUACCGGCAAAAACUGUAUUACCGACGCGGGCGUUAUAAAAAUCAGAUUAUUUUUCUAUGCUACUAAUAUGACGUGGCAAGUAAAAAAAGUAACUAUAAAAACUGGAUACGGCUAAGAGGAGGUCUUGUCUCAGUUUCGGAGUCAGUACAGAAUAGACGCGACUCUUGACGUCCUCCGGCGCUUCUCCCGCCGCGAAACUCUUUUCGACUAUCAGUCUUCUCCGAUUUAACCCCGGCGGCAGAGUUUGUGCUCGCGUUGCUAACUCGCUCGAAGCAACUUUCAGUUUACCCUACCAAACGUUUCGAGGAUGGGCUGCAUAGGAUCUUCUCAGGCCAGAAACGAAGGCGGAGCAAGACGCGAGAAAAUCAAGAAACCUAAACCGUGGGCGCAUACCGAGCCAAUCACAAGGGCACAGCUUAUGAACAUGCGUGAGGAGUUUUGGGAUACUUCUCCACACUAUGGUGGUCAAAGAGAGAUUUGGGAUGCACUUCGAGCUGCUGCUGAAGCUGAACUGACACUAGCGCAGACAAUUAUUGACAGUGCAGGCGUGAUUGUUCAAGGCCGUGAUCUAACAUUGUGUUGGGAUGAAAGAGGUGCUAAAUAUGAGCUUCCUAGGUAUGUUCUAAGUGAGCCCACGAAUCUGAUCCGAGAGCAGGGACAGUAACCUCUAUGAAGGUUGACACAAUGACAUAGAGAGCAAAGCUUAGUAAGUAAUAUUAGUAUAAGAAGCAAUAGAAGACUAGAUAUAAUCUGAAGCAAGUCUCGUAUUCUUUACUUUUAGCAAAGAUAUUAAUAGAAAAGAUACACACUUACAGUUUCUUACGAGUCA